AUGAAAGUCAGUGACCUGACAGGAGCCGCUUGAAAACUGCUCUUAACUACCAGCGGUCAGUGUUACCUGCUGUAUCGGUUAGCCGUUAAACCGAGCUGUCAAAGCGGCUCUGUGGGGAGCCAUGCACUGCCUGAGAGCGCUGCGUCUGUCCAGCUCCGUACAACUGAUCGUCAAACACACAGAUGCGGCCAAGAAGGUUUUCAUCAUCCAGCCAGCAUGUUGCCUGACAAACAACUCAACAACGACGGCCCAGAAACCACCGCCUACACACUUGGAUCACUUCCAUCUCAAAACGAACGUUCAUUCAAAGUCCCCCAGCUUGGGAGUGGAAGACCUGCUUUUCUACACCAUCACAGAGGGAAAAGAACAAGUCCCUGUUUCAUACUUUACCUUAGCCCUGAAGAAAACCGGCCUUCACCCAUCAGACCCUCGUCUGAAGGACUGCAUGGAGGAGCUUCGACAGGUUGAGAAGGACUCUGUUGGUGAGGUGAUGAUGGACAGAGACCUUUUCCACAGGUGUGUCGGUGGAAACAUCGUCCUGCUGAUCCAGGCCUUCAGAAAGAAAUUUAUCAUCCCGGAGUUUGACGUGUUUGCUCAAAGAAUAAAUAAAAUCUACAACAGAGUUCAAAGCCAAAGUGAUGGGAGGGUGGCAGACUACAUCCCCCAACUCGCUAAGUUUAGUCCAGAACUGUGGGGUGUGUCUUUGUGUACGGUGGAUGGACAGAGGCACUCAGUAGGCGACACCAAGCUGCCGUUCUGCCUGCAGUCCUGUGUGAAGCCCCUGCAGUACGCCAUCGCCGUCCAUGAGAUGGGGACAGAGAGGGUUCACCGUUACGUCGGUAUGGAGCCCAGUGGACUCAAGUUCAACAUGCUCUCACUUGAUGAUGAAGAUAAGCCCCACAACCCCAUGGUGAACGCUGGAGCCAUUGUGAUCAGCUCUCUUAUCGAGCCUCGUUCAAAUAAGGCAGAGAAGUUUGACUAUGUCAUGGAGUUUGUGAAAAAGAUGGCCGGCCAGGAGUAUGUGGGAUUCAGCAAUGCCAUGUUCCAGUCAGAAAAAGAAACAGGCAACAGAAAUUUUGCCAUCGGAUACUACAUGAAAGAGAAGAAGUGUUUUCCGCCGGGAGCAGAUAUGAUCGAUUCCCUGGACUUCUACUUCCAGCUUUGCUCCAUCGAGGUGACCUGUGAAUCAGGAAGCAUCAUGGCUGCCACUCUGGCCAACGGAGGUAUCUGUCCAAUCACGGGCGAGCGUGUCCUGAGUGCCGAGGCAGUGCGAAACACUUUGAGUCUCAUGCACUCAUGUGGCAUGUAUGACUUCUCUGGCCAGAUGGCUUUUCAUGUGGGCUUGCCGGCAAAAUCCGGGGUGUCCGGUGCCAUACUGCUGGUGAUCCCCAACGUCAUGGGAGUGAUGUGUUGGUCUCCUCCUCUGGACAGAGUUGGAAACAGCGUCCGGGGAAUUCACUUCUGUCAGGAGCUCGUUUCGCUCUUCAAUUUCCACAAUUAUGACAACCUGAGGCACUUUGUAAAGAAGCAGGAUCCUCGCAGACCGGACGGAGAUGACAGGAACAAGUCUAUUUUUAAUUUGAUGUUCGCCUCCUACAGUGGGGAUGUGUCUGCCAUGAGAAGGUUUGCUCUCUCAUCCAUGGACAUGGACCUGAAAGACUAUGAUUCUCGAACAGCGCUACAUAUCUCUGCAGCAGAGGGUCAUAUAGAUGUGGUGAAGUUCCUUACUGAAAUCUGCAAAGUUGAUCCAUUUGUAGAAGACAGGUGGGGUAACCUGCCAAUCGAUGACGCCAUGCAGUUCGGACACGAAGAGGUGGUGAAGGUGCUGAAAGAAUACCAGCAGGUCUGCAGGCAACAGGAGGCGCAGCACACUAAGGCUGAGCGUUCCCCGACGCUGGACACCAUCGAGGGCAUGGUGUGACGUAUUCCAGGGUUCGUACGGUCAUGGAAAACCUGGAAAAGUCAUGGAAUUUUAAAAUGGUUAUUUCCA